CAUUCUUCGACUGAGAAUGUCGUUCUAAACUGAACGCUUAGAUAUAGAUAUGAAUACCGCUCACUCAAUUCAAGUCUUAUCCCAAGGCAAAUAAAUUAAAAAAAAAACUCCGCCAAAAGAAUUAAGAAACAGCAAGUCCUUCGAACAUAUUAAUCAUCAAUUAAAUAAAGUCAUUCCAACAAAGCUCUCAAAAAACCUGCAAAAACAAUAUUGGUUAUUUCCAACCCUCCACUUUAUUCCGCUGCAUUAUAAUAUAUUCCACAUUCAUCGCAAGGUUCGGAGGAUCAUUAUUAGAACAGCCAGCAUGGGGACCAUGAGGCUGAUGGUCGCUGGGGCGUUGCUGUACAACGCUUUGUUCGUGGCAGCAACCAGCGCAGGAGGCUCGGAUGUGCUGCAGAGAACCGCCAGCUGUGCCAAAGCUCUGCAGGAAAGUCCUGCAGAGAAGCAAGAGCUCGAGAGCGCCAAGGAGCGUUGCGUCGCAGAACAAGGAGGACUCGAGAGAAUUAUUGCCAAACUAAACGAAGAAAACCAAAGUGAGGCUGAAGGGAUGCGAGGGCCACUGCACUCUGGCCUGACGGGUUUGCUGACGUCAUCCCUGCGGUCGCCAACUGCCGUGCAAAUCCUCAAGUGCAUCACUAAAGGGCGUGGCCUUCUACUCCCGGACGACAGCUUGGACACAGCGGGGCUGAACGCGCGACUGCAGCUCAGGGUGACGGGAUCAGGUCUUGAAGACAGCGUUAGAAUGGCCAUCGAACAGUGCGGUGCCAUCAAUCAAUACGCUGUGGACGAAUACUUGUUGUGCGUGAUACAUCGCUGCGCCAUCAACUCUCCAGUCACUUAAAUACUAAUGCAGCUUUCGGUGCAAAAAAAAAAAAAAAUUCCCCUCGACGGAACGGACUUACGUAGAAUUAAAUCAUGAUUUUGAAUCGAUGACUGAUGAAUCGACACUAGGAACAUACAUAACUUACUGCACAAGUUCAGAACACUUUAGACACUGGAAGGGAAAUUUCAGCUUAUACCUGCAGAUAAGUUCCAAUUAAAAGCACUUUACAAUUCAAGCUCUGAAAUUCAGUUCUUUUUUAUUUUUACAACAUCAUUGACUGGAAUGCACGGUCAUCAACGUUGCAAGAUUCUUUGCAGAUUACAUACUAUAAAGUUUUUGCGAGGCAAUAAAAAUAAAACCAUGCAGUGUGCAAUCAAAAAGACGUCAGCCAACGGUGUAGCUGUUCUAUCAUGACAUGCAACAUUAAAAUUACAUUCUUAUUGAAGCAUGCAACACGACGACCAUAAGUUUGGCGAGAUCGGUGUGUUUUUGUCUAUCAAAUGUUGAAGUAUAACACUAUAUUGAUGGUAUAUAUAUCAGUGAAUAACUGCUUAUUAUGAUAUUACAUGCAUUAACAAAUAAACAAACUGGCAUG